CUUUCAGCUCAUCCAACAGAUGCUCCGAUUCCCGUCCCGUAUACGACCAAACUUGGUCAGCCUCUUAUGGCCGGACAGACUAUCGACAUUCAUGGGGCCAUCAAUGAGGAUGCCAAUAGAGUUGAGAUCAAUCUCCUACAUGGGGCGUCCCAAAUCGAUCCAGGACAGGCUGCUCUGCAUGUUAAUCUUCGAUUCGAUGAGGGCAAAAUCGUGAUGAACUCCUACAUGGGUGGUCAAUGGGGAAAGGAAGAACGUGAGUCGUUGCCGUUCAAGAAAGGACAGAAAUUCGAUUUGAGAAUCAGGGUUCAUGUUGAUUACAUGGAGAUCUCAUGUGAUGGCAAGAAGGUCCAUGAAUACAAACAUCGCAUGCCAUUUGAUCAAAUUGAAUACCUUCAAAUCAAGGGAGACUGUACGCUCAACGGUGUCCAUUGGGGCGGAAGAUUCUACAAGGUACCAUGGGAAUCGGCCUUCCCCGAUGGUCAUCUGAAAGCUGGCCAGAAAAUCGUCCUUUAUGGUAUCCCGAAGGGAGAGCGCUGGAAUCUCGAUUUGCUUGGCAGGGAUGGUGACAUCCUGUUCCACUUCAACCCUCGUUUCAAGGAUAAGCAGAUCGUACGUAAUUCAUACAAAUCCGGUGUAUGGGCCAAAGAAGAACGUGAAGGACCAUUCCCAUUUGAGAAGGAGCACGGUUUUGAUCUCACUAUCCAGAAUGAACCCUAUUCAAUGCAGAUCUUCGUGAAUAAUGAACAAAUUGGAACAUUCGCCCAUCGUACGGAGGAUCCCGUGAGAGACUACAUUGGAAUGCGAAUCGAUGGAGAAAUUGAAAUAACCAGUAUCGAAUUCAACUGA